UAAGAAGAUAUUUUGAGUCCGCAUUUCCGAAAAUGCCCCUACUAUCUGUUUCAAGUUCCGACGACAAAAACUCCUCACUGCUCUGCUCUGCUCCGGCCUGCUCCAGUGUAGUACUGUAGUAGACUACUAGUAGUAAAACAAACAGCAUUUUCCAGAGAGAGAGAGAUAGAGGUGAGUGAAUUUCCAGAGAUUGAAGAAACAUGGGAAAAUCAACUGCAUCGUGCUUCAAGAUCAUCGCCUGCGGCACCGACUCCGUCGACCAUGGCGAUCUUCAAACGCCCCAAAGCAAGGUUUCAAGUGCUCGGAGCGGGUGGAGUUUUCGGAAGAGAUCUGCUAGACAUCGAGUAUUGAGUAACACUAUUAUAUCAGAAGCACCUUCUUUCACUGAUAAAGAAAGCCCGGAGUCUACUGCUGCCAACUUACAAGUGCAGCCAAACUUGAUUGUUCCAGAAAAGGCAUCUGUAAUUCAAUGGAUGGAUGAAAAGGACAAGAUGUCUGAUCAAGUGGACUCAAAUCUAUCAGACAUAAUAGCUACCGAAAAAGAUGAGUGUAGUAGUGUAGAUGCAACCCCCAAAGAGUCCAGUUCCAUUCUAAUACAAGCUAUUAUCAGGGGAUACCUGACCCGAAGGAUGUUUCUGAAGCAGAAGAACAUAAUCAAACUGCAAGCUGCUAUUAGAGGACAUUUAGUUCGAAGGCAUGCUGUUGGUACACUUCGGUGUGUUCUAGCCAUUAUCAAGAUGCAAGCUCUUAUACGAGCACGCUAUGUCCGUCUUGAAGGAUCGGGUGACUUUGAGAAAAAAAAGAAGUCAAACAAUGCAGCGGAUGAUCUCAAUCCAACAGUCUUGAUGAGUAAAAGAGAAGCCAAGGCAAAUGGUACAUACACCUAUAUUUCGAUUGAAAAGUUACUUGGCAAUAAAUUUGCUCGUCAGCUUAUGGCAUCUAUGCCAAGGACAAAGCCCAUCAACAUCAAAUGUGACCCUCUAAAAUCAGAUUCAGCCUGGAAAUGGCUUGAAAGAUGGAUGUCAAUUUUACCAGUGAGCAAUGAAGAGCGAGACAAAUCUGGGUCAGCUCCAGAGCAGCAUAAGAAGGAAAACCUUGGGUGUUCUGAUGGCAAAGGGGAUAUUUUAGUUACAUCAGGAUUUCAGUGCGAAUUGAAAGACUUUAAUUUUGCUUUCGAACCAUCAGCUGAAUCAUCUGCAAAGGAUAAAAACUUGAUUACUCAUGAUGCUGACAACUUAGAUAUCCAUGCAUCAUCAGACCCUCCAUUGACAAGUCAUGCCAAACUGCAGAACGUUGAAGAGUCAAAUUCUAGAUAUGAUAUAGCACAAUCAGGUGUUGAAAUGACGGAAACAGAUUUGAUACAAAAGAUGGAUGGCAAGCCUAUCUUAGUUAAGGAUGAAACUCAAAUUCAGCAACUCGUGCAUGAGUCAGAAGAGUUCUCCUUUGAGAAACCUGAAACUGAGAGGAAACGGUUUCCUCAGAAGGCAAGCAAUCCCUCUUUUAUUGCUGCCCAUUCAAAAUUCGAAGAACUAAGUUCCGCUUAUACUGAUCCACAAUUCAAGUCUGCGGAAAUUGGAUUAGAUAAUGCUUCCAUAUCCAAUGCCGUGGCCAUUCAAGUUGCUGGCUCAGAAUGUGGCACUGAGCUUUCCAUUACUUCUACCCUUGAUUCACCGGAUAUGUCGGAUGGGGGAGUCUAUGAUCUUGAGCUCGAACCUAAAAUUUUAGAUGCAACUGACCCUCCUAGAAGCAGAGAGAAAUUAGGACGUGAAGCUUUUGAGAACGCCAGCAUACUGGGAACUGAACUGUCAUAUUCCAAUAUCGAUCACUUGGAGACACACGAAACUGUCCACCCAUCUGCUGGUGAGUGUGUUAAUUCUGUGUUUGCUUCAGACUCACCACGGCAUGAGAAGAAGCUGGAAUCCGAUCAAAGCAACAUGCUGCAGGUGCAACUGGGUUCUGAUGCAAUCCAUGUGGUGGACAAAUCAUCAUCCGAAGUUUCUCCAAGAAGCCAUGUAACUCUCCCUGGAUCUCAAGCAACGCCUUCCAGCCAAAUUUCUGUCAAUUCCAAGAAAAGCAAUGGUGGAAAAGUUAACUCCAAUGAUAAGAAGAAGUCUUUAUCUGCUGAUAAGAGUUUAGUCUCAACUCCCAAUCGUGAUUCUGCCACACAAAGUAGCUUGAAGCCGUCAGAGGAGCCUAAGUCUGGAAAGAGGCGUAAAUCCUUUGGUUCAACAAAACUUGAUCUCACAGAUCAGGAACCAGGAGAAAGUAGUAGCCGAAAUUCGCUACCAAGUUACAUGCAACCAACUAAAUCAGCAAGAGCGAAAGCGUUAUCAAGUGGAUCUCUAAAAUCAAGUCCAGAUGCACAAGAUAAUGAUAUCCUCAUAAAAAACAGACCCUACCAUCCUGGUAGAAAUGAAAGAGAAGGAUCUCCUCGUAUUCAGCACUCCCCAUCUAAGGCAAAACAACAAAAUGCAAAAGGAAAUGGCACCCAGUCCCCUCAAGACCGGAAAUGGCUGCGGUAGACAUGAAUAUUGUGAUCGCGAUUGAUGAUAUUCGAGCUUGUCCCGGAUGGCAUUUUGCUUUCUCGGUUGCUGUGUAGAUUCGUUGCCAUUUUUCUCAUGAUAUGUACAAUUAUUGUAUUAUUGAGAGAGUUGUAAAGUCAGUGAGCAUGGAUGUAAAUUUACCAUAUCGUUAUUUACUUUCAACUGAUGUUUUUUUUUUUUUUGCCUUAAAACGUCUCAUUUGAGUCAAAUUUGGCAAUAUUUGUAUUUUGUAGUAUGGACUGUAUUGAGGUUUUAGUUUUUGCUGUUUUUAUGAUUUGCUGAGUCCCAACUGUACUUAACACUAAAUCGUGAGGCAAUGAAUUCCUUUCAACAUUUA